AUGUUACUCUAAGUUCAGAAAAUUACUCUCAAUUGGUCAACUUUUGACCAAGAGACGAACUCGUUGCAUACACUAUGUUUCAACCCCACCACCGUACAACAACCACAUUCGCGCGCGAUUCAACUUCCGAUUCCUCUGUUUUUGACUCCUUCCGUUACCACAGCACCACCGCAAUGACACACAAACAACGCUUCAAGCGAGUUGCAAAACCCAUAUUACACCUUCCACGAACCAAACCCACACGUAAACCGCGGCUUUCCAAAUCAAAACCCAAACUCACCGCUCCUGAAUCCAACCCAUCAUCAGAACCGCACAUUUCAUUCCAAAAAACAGAAACUUUACCCCGCGAAUUCUUCGAAAUCGACGCACUAGACCUUGCCCCUCGUUUGCUCGGAAAGUUUCUUCGCAGAGACGACGUCGUUCUUCAGAUUACCGAGGUUGAAGCAUAUAGAUCACAUGACACAGCUAGUCAUGCUCGGUUUGGUAUUACUCCAAGAACUGCUCCUCUUUUUGGACCGGGUGGGCACGCAUAUGUUUAUCUUUGCUAUGGACUUCAUGUGAUGCUGAAUGUUGUUGCCGAUAAGGAAGGAGCUGGAGGUGGUGUUUUGAUACGUUCUUGUGCCCCCGUUUGUGGAUUGGAGGUUAUUCAACAUCGGCGAGGUCAAAUAACGGAUAAACCUAUACUUCUUACAGGACCCGGGAAGGUUGGUCAGGCUCUAGGUCUUUCAACUGAAUGGUCAAAUCAUCCCCUUUAUACCCCUGAGUGUCAAUGCAGAUGGUUUAGAACUCUUAGAUGGUCCAGAGCCCGAAAACAUAUUGGUAGGUCUGCGUGUUGGUAUCCAGUACGCACUGCCAGAGCAUGUCGACGCACUGUGGAGAUUUGCCAUUGCAGGUUCCGCUUGGAUUAGUGCUCCAAGAAACACUCUCAGGCCACCCUUGUAGAGUGGAGUGGUAGUAGCUUGAGGGAUACUAGUGGUUUGAUAAUAACUAACAAGCUAAUGUGUAUAUAUACCUCAUAUAUCAUUUGCAAAUUGCUAAAAUUACCUCAAAUAGAAUCAUCCCAAAAAUGUCUAUUGAAGUUACAUGUCUAAGGGAAACCCACAAGCCUUCUCUUUGGUUAUUUAUUUGAGCUGUCGUUGGCCGUUAAAUGCGGGUUUCUGUCACAAUGUAGUUUUGUACUGUGAUUCAUUUUGUUGUGAGAAACUAGCUCUUUCUGUGAAACUCAACUAUUGUUGUAUCAAUGUGGCUUUGUGUUGGUUUUUGAUGUAAAUUUUAUAAGUGAAUUAUAAAUCUUGAUGAAAAUAUUAUAGAUACUAGCAAUAUAUUGUAAGAAGUUGCGGGUAAUAUAU